GGUUCACACUUACAGAGUAUAAAAGUACAAGGGGAGCAUUGUGGCCAGAAAGAGAUACAGUAACCAGCAGGACAGGAGGCAAAGGAGAAGAAUUAGGGUCCAGAGAAAGCAAAGGACAGGGGGUACAUACUGACACACAGGACAGACAGCUGGCACUGGGCAGAACAGCAAUAACCCAUUCAUCCAUCACUCCAAGCUCUCCUGGAAGGGACAAUGCAUUGCAAGCUCUGCCUCCUCUGUGGAGCUCUGUUACUCUCCAUCAUUCAGCUCCCCAGCUCCGGAGCUCACCCAAUAGUGGACAUGGACUCAGACAGAGAGCUGGACUCCUUCAAGGGAGUGCUGGAAAGACUUGGAGAGAAGUUAUCCCUUAUUGAUGCAAUUGAAUCAAACUCCGAUAUCCUGGAACCCAGACAGAAUGCUGAUGUCCAGUUAGCAUCUCCAGAAGACAGGAAAGUCUCUCCAUCUGAAAACAGGUUCAGCCAGAAUGACAGAAAUUCAAUUAAGGACUCAUUCCUUAAAGGCCUACGGUCACUGCAGAACCGGAAGAUGAUGAGGGACUCUGGGUGCUUUGGAAGACGGAUAGACAGAAUCGAUUCAUUUAGUGGGAUGGGCUGUAAUGGUUUCAGAAGAUAUUGACCCCCUCGAACGACAGCAAUUGUUUUCUCUGCUUCUUCUAAUUUAUUAAACUGUUUCAUAUAAAUCUUUCUAUUCUAUUUAUGGCCGCCUGUUCAUAUUUAUUUAUUUAUAACUAUUUAUUUGAUGUUU